AUGGGCACUUGAAAAAGCUAUUGCUGCACUGACUCUGAAGAGACAAAGACUGAGAUGAAAAUGGAUCCGAAUCAGCCUGUUCCUGGCCAAGGUGGUCGGAAAGACCAAUAUAGUACCAAAAACAGCUAUAAAAUGACCUCUAAAAAGGUUUAUUCAGAAGAAGAGAUGACUAACAAGUUGCUUAAAGAGAACAUUCAUUCAAUUAUAAAACUACAGGCGAUUUGGAGAGGAAAUACCGCAAGGAAGAAGUUUAAAAUCAUGAAAUCUCAGCAAAGAGAUGGUAGUAGGUACUUCAAGGCGGACGAAAGCAAGGAGACUCUCUCCAAGGUCAAAUUUGAUCCCAACCAGCCUCGAGAGAAACGUCCAAAGCACUAUUACAAAACCGGUUCAACUUAUGAAGGAGAGUGGAGAGGCGGUUUCCGAGACGGAUUUGGGACCCAAAUCUGGCCUGAUGGGGCCAGCUAUGAAGGAGAUUGGCUUUACAACAGAGCUCAUGGACAAGGAAAAUUCAUCCAUGUAGACGGAGAUGUCUACGAAGGAGAAUGGGCCAAUGACAAAGCCAAUGGAAAAGGAGUUUAUAGGCACCAAAACGGAGCUACCUACGACGGUGACUGGAAAGAAGACCUCCAGCACGGCAAAGGAGUCGAAAAGUGGAAUGACGGCAGCAUCUACGAUGGGGAGUACUUCAAAGGUAAAAAGCAUGGUUUUGGCAUUUACAUCUGGAAUGACCAAAGCAAGUUCAUUGGGCAAUGGAUCGAAAACAAAAUUUCAGGCAUCGGAAUUUACUCCUGGCUCGAUGGCAGAAUGUACAAAGGCGAAUGGAAGGAUAACAAUAUGGAAGGAUAUGGCGAAUACAUCUGGAAAGACGGCAGGAAGUAUGAAGGACAAUACCAGGAAGAUAAAUAAACACGGAUAUGGCAUCUACUACUGGGCAGAUGGGCGGAAAUACGAAGGCUACUGGGCCCAAGGCAAACAGCAUGGCUUAGGCAGAUAUAUUAUACCCCAAGAGAAGAAAGAGAGAUACGGACUCUGGGAAGACGGUAAAAGAGUUGAGUGGUUUGAGGAUGACAGGAUAACCAGUAUUAAUAACCAUCAGGAGGAUUAUAAAACUUAUUUCCGAAAAGAGGACUCAGCUAACCAUUGUGAUGAAUAUGCUUCAUUUCAAAAACCAAGUCGAUUCCACAAGAAGGUUGACACGGUGCUGGAAAAGAUCAAUUCCCUUAUGGACAAAUUCAAGAAGGAUAUUAAAAAUUAUGGAAUCAUGAAUGAUGGAGAUUUUAUGGAAUAACUUCCAUGUUCCAUUUAUUCAAUUAAUACAAAA